AGCGCCGUACGAGUAGAGGCGUGUUUUAGUAUGCAGGGACAGCCCAAAAGUGUGCUGACAGCAGCCUGGACUGUGCCACAUUCCUAUGAGACAAACCAUUGCUGCGAGCCAGGAGUGGUGCUGAAGGAGGGACUGCUGGGGCUGAUGGGUAUUUUAGAGCUGGCCGUCUUUAUAUAUGUGCGUUUAGUGUGGUGUAGUGUUUACCACAGCACUAAUAGGAUUGAUCCUGAGACAUGGAGCUGCGAGUGCUGCAGGAGCCAGAAUGGGAUGUGCUGAACUGACAUAACGUUAUGCCUGGAUCAUUCACGGAAUGGGUUUCAAUAAGUAAACCUGUUCAAGGGACGACUAAUACAAAUCUCAUAAAACAAGAGGUGUUUCAGAUGUGAAAUUGCUCAUAGAAGCUUCUCCAUGGAGGCCACAAGUAGAUCCAUGAAUCUUACUUUUUCCAUUGAAGACAAGAAUGGAAAUAACAUCACCUGCCCCAAUGAGCCUUCCCCCGAUUCGGUAAGGAGUUCUAGCAGUUUGAGUUGUGGCGGUUCAGACAGUCCUCUCGAUGUAGAAAUGGAGGACUGUAUCACUUGCUCAACGAAAGACGAGACCUCUUCCUCAGAGGCAGUGAAAUCAAGCAGUGCAAUUGCUGUAGACUUUGUCAAAUCAAAAAUUGACAACUGGAAUGAGAAUAUGGCUCUCUUGAUGAUAGUCGACCCAAAAAAUACUGAAUGCAAUGACGGCGACAGAAGCUCGGAAACAUCCCCUGAUUGUGGAGAGCGAGAGCUGUCUGAGGUGGACUCCUGCGAGCCGUCCCGCCGAGGAUCCAGUGAGAACUGCUGCUCUGUGAGCUCAGGUGAGAUGGUCAUGAGGAGUAACAGCUUUGUUUUGCAUGAGAACGACCAGCCACUUAGCAUCUCGCUAAUUGGGGAGUCCAGAACUUCCUUGAAUAUAUCUUCAGAACUUGGCGUGGUGUCGGGGAUGUUACCUGAUGUGUGUGAAGGCCUAGCCGAGGUGCCACAAGGAGAACCCAAGAAUAAGGGCCUGGAGUGUACCUACGUCCAAGCCAGCAAUCAGACAUUUCUCAUAGAUGAAAAGUCAUUAAGCAAUGAGAAACUCGAAUGCUUCACACCUGUUCACUAUCACAAAUCCAGUAUACAAAUGUUGGCAUGCAACAGCGGUGGAUCAAAUCAGUCAACGCCGUUGGAGGGAAAAACUGUGCUUAUUACGGCUUCUGAGGAUUUGGACAUUAGCGGCAAUGCUCAGACCUCAACUCCCGUGCAGUCUGUGAGUAACAAGACAUUUUGCCUCCCAUCUUUGUCUGAGUCCCCUCUGAAUAAAGAUGAAGGUGAUUCAGUGAGUCCAAUGGCUCAAUUUAUUAGUCAGCAGCAAGGCGCUGCCUCUCAAAAGCCCAAAACACCAUUGAUGUCAGCAAGCAAAAGCAAAAAAAUAGAAAUAAAAAGGUUUCCGAAGCCUAACUUCAGUAAUAUAAAGUCUAAAAUUAUGUCACGUGCCACCAACCCCUUUAAGACAUCAAGUGCACCAGUUACGAAGACUUCAUCAAACUCCGCCCCUCAAAAAGAUGAGAGCCAGACUGCGGACCAACAUAAGUCAUCUCCUACCAAAUCCACUUCUGCUGCAAUAACCAGCACAUCUGCCACACCGGCUCAAAAUGUAAAGAGCGCUAAUGCAGCUAAAAGAACUCGCUCAUCUACUUGCCAAGAAAGCGGUCCAGCCUCGAAAUCUCGAGCUCGCCGAUGGUCUGAAAGCGCGAGCUCUUCCAAAACAAGUAAAGAUGAAACGCAAGAGAAGAAUUCACAGGUCAAUGGAGUAUUGAGCAAUCUUGUUACACCACAAAAAAACACUAAAGGUGGUGUGAAGACCAAACCAGCAGAAACUGAGUCAAAUGGAGAGGACAUGCAGGGGAAUGAGUCUCUGAAGGUUCGUGGGAAGAAUCAGAAAGUCGGUCUGUUGGCGGUUUCUGCCAAGCCAGCGGCGGCGGCAGCAUGUGAGUGGAGUAGACGCAGGCUCGGCUCCCAGCCAUCCACAACCAGGACAGGAGGGGCUUCUGCUGCUCGCGUUCCAGCUGCAAACUUACGACCACCGCUUUCAGCCUCUAAGCUCAAACCUGGUACAGCGGGAAAAGAUGGCAGCAGUAGCUCUGAAAUGACUUCACCCAGGAGCAAACUGAGCACAUCUGAAGUUAAGCUUCAAAUCCAUUUAAAUGAAGGUGCGAGUGCAGUUUCAGGAGCCCAGUCCAUAUCUGCUGUGUUUGCAGCUCCAGCAUCAGCCUCCAAACUGCCUGUGAAAUCCAGAUUACAGACCAAGAGCUCCAGCACUUCUCACACAAGUGGACAUCCAAAGCAAGACCAUGCUGAGCCCCCUGUGGGAACCUUGAAUAAACCUCCUACUAACAGGACCACAUUAAGGACCAAGCUGCAAUAUCCACCUACCAGAAGUGUAUCAUCGGGAGCAGGAUGCAAAAACACAUCCUCAUCAGUUUCAGUGAGGUCUUCAAGCAGCCCUCUCAAGACCCCUACCACAGCCCGACCCAUGAGAGCUGCUGCUCCGACAGUUGACAAGAACAAGUCAAGGACAAGUUCUCGAAACCAGCAGCCCCCGACAAACGGGAAACCGGAUCUGGUACCACCAGAGAGCAAGUCCAGAAAUGUGGAGUACUACAAGGCACUGUGUGAGAAGAAGAACCAGAGCAUUCAACAGCUGGAGAGCACGCUCCGAUCCAACAACCGCAGGUUCGAGGCAGCUGCUGUGGUCAUAAAGCAUCUAUGUGCUGGGCAUGAGGAGACGAUGAAGCAGCGCAGGGAGCUGUCUCAGGAGUUGGUCACCUUGCGUGAGGAGCUGGUGAGCUCGGCUCACUCCUGUGAGCGUCUGGAGCAAGAGAAAGACGAUCUGCGUGCAGCUUUUGAUGGCGUUCUACAGAAAGUCCAGGAGCAGCACCGCUCGGACCUCGCUGACCUCGAGGAAAGACUGAAGACCUUCUACUCCACUGAAUGGGAGAAGGUCCAUCAGACCUACCAAGAGGAGGCUGACAAGUGCAAAGCUCAGAUGGAGCAGCAGCUGAAAGUGCUGCGAGAAAAACAUGAGGAUUUGAAGAAGGAACUGGAAGUCAGCCAUAUGGAAGAGGUGGAUGGCCUUAAACAGCAGUUUGAAGAGAAUUUCAAAGAACUCAAACAGUCCCAUGAAAAGGAAAUGCAGACUCUCAGUGCAACCCUGAAGGAAUCGGAGGACACAUUAUCCAAUCGAAUUCAGGAGCUCAUGACCGAAAAUAACGACCUCAAAGAGAGGCUGGAUGCUGAGGUGAAGAGAAGAAUGGAUCUGGCUGAGAAAACACAGGACUCCCAUACUCUUUAUCUGGAGCAGGAGCUUGAAAGCCUUAAAGUAGUGCUGGACAUCAAAAACAAACGGAUCCAUGAACAGGACAAGAAGCUCAUUCAGAUAGACAAACUGAUGGAGAGGAAUGUGAAGCUGGAUGAAUGUCUUCAGAAACUGCAACAGGAAAAUGAGGACCUUAAAGCCAGAAUGGACAAACAUGCUGCUUUAUCAAGGAAUGGUGUUUUCAUUGCAGCAAGGCUUUGUGUUGAGAGACCUUCUGCUCUUUCAUCUCGUGCUGUAAUAGUGACUACUCUAAUCCGUUGCAGACAACUGUCCACAGAGCAGGCGGUUUUGCAGGAAACCCUCCAGAAGGAGUCCAAAGUGAACAAACGUCUGUCUAUGGAGAACGAAGAGCUGCUCUGGAAGCUUCACAACGGUGAUCUGAGCAGCCCCCGCAAGGUCUCCCCUUCCCCGUCCCUGAAUCUCCAGUCACCACGCAACUCUGCCAUGUUCUCCAGCCCUCCCCUCUCGCCCAGAUAACAGUGGCCUUCAGCUUCCAGGAAGUACUUUUAUACAGGAGAGCACUUCCUGCAUGCUGAAGCUGGUCUGGACCAUGUCAGUGGCGCUUAAUAUGGAAUGGACUUUGACUGACUGUUGUACAGAAAAAAAAAUAUGAAAAGCUGAAGACUAUAUUGCACAGAAGCACUUACCAAUGAGGUCAUCCUCGUAUAUUGCCUUUCACGUCUGACUAUGGAGGAAAAAAGAAAUAUCUCAGGGCUUGUAGAAAGUUUCUUCAAAAUGUAUGGGUUUUUCCCCUUUGAGUAUUGCUUUGUUCCCCCAAGCAAUUUUUUUUUGACUAAUAUAAGAAUCCACGACUGGGGCCUUUAUCAACUUUUUUUCCACCAGACGCCUUUUAAGUGUACCUGUAUAGACCCAGAUUCCUAUUUGCUCUGGAACGAAUGCCCAAAUGCCAGCAGGCCAGUGGACGUUUCCCAGAUGCUGCUGCUAAAGUAGCGUUUGGUUUCCCUUUAUUUUAUGCAGGACCUCAGAUGGACCCAGAUGAGCAUUUCUAAAGAGACACUUCAUAGAUCAACUCAUGCCAUAAACUGACUGUUACUAUUUACUCAAAUGGAAAUAUUCAGUGAUCUCAACCAGGUGUUCUCAAAACCUUAUGCAACAUUUUUCUUGUUUAUAUCAUCCCUUUUUUAAUUUUGGUUUUGAACUUUUUUUUUUUUUUUUUUUUUUUCUUUUUUUUUUUGGAAUCAUCGCACAUUAAGAACUGCAACAAGGUGAGCUUUACCCAGAUCAUGAUGCAUGUUUCAUCACAGGUAUGCUCUCUAUAACACUCUCAUAUGCAUAGGAGAGACGCAAUACAGUGAUUGAUGCAGAAUGAAUUACUAAUGAUCUUGAAUGUUUUGAUUUAAUGCCUGUUUAAGGGUUGAAGUAUCCCUUUUUCUAGUCAGAGACGCAGUGGUAUAAUGUGCUUGAUAUGGAGAAAUGGCAUGUCAUUGGGCAGCCCUGUGACUGAAGGCAUACUAUUGGGAAUCUGAAAUGUUUUUAUGACUUUCUUGAAUACGGGUUUUGUUUAUUAUUCAGUAUGAUUGAGCCCUAGGGACAGAUUUGACUGCUUGUCCUUGUUUCUAUAUUUGUCUGAUCAUGAGACCAAUGUAAUGAUGAGCAUGGCCUCAGGAGCUCCCCCUCUGUCUUAAACCCUCCACUGCAGCUUUAUAUUCAAACUAUUUACAAACAAGUUAAAAAGCAGUAGUUUUUUGUUGUAUUUUUUUUUCCUUUGUUGGUAUGCAAUGCUAGGCUGUUUGUGUGGAUGUUAGUGUGAAACUGAAAUGUCAGAAAUAUGCAAUUUAAUAAAGAAUUAAAUUAAUCUGUAAUUGUCACCCCAUAGCAUAUAUUGUCAGUUUUGUCUUGCUUAUUAAUUGUUUUGGAUUCUGUAGAACAUACAGAAUGUUGGCAGCUCUUUCAGUUCCUGUGGACUCCUGGUACAAUGGAUACAGUAGAAUGAAACAGAAACUUCUUUUUUCCUGAAACUAAGCAUUUAGAAGAAAUUACUCACUCAUGCCGUUUCAAACUGUAUGACUAAAUGAAGACAAUUUACUUAAAGACAAAAAAAAGGAUCCAAGCAGUAAAAUUAUGCAGGAACCUGUUUUUUUUUUUUUUUUUUUUUUUUUUUUCCUUAUGUUCAGCCAGGAACUCUAUAGCAGCAGCAUCUAAAACUGCAUCAAUUGGUUUGUAGUUUGAGUAAUGAAUUCUAACUUAUUCUGUGAGAGGAAGAGAAACAUACUUCGAACGUGUCACUGAACCAAAAUAAGCACUGGGCUCCUGCU